UUGACAACCGAGGGAAAGUUCAAACUAAACACUGCUAACUUUUUCACAGAGCAGCGAUUUAAUGUCUAAUAAAAUGUGCCAGACGCUUUCUUUAUCAGAUAGAUGGACCCAGGAAAACAACUUGUUGGUAAACAAAUGGACGCAGCAAGAAGGAGGAGAUGCAGUGAGCCGAGACCAGAACCAGACCCAUCUGAGAUGGUGUUCCUCGGAGUUUCACAAACUUUUAAGGAAAAUCCAAGGUGUCCCUCCUCUUGCGGAUCACACACAGGUGGAGCUGACAGUGGUGUACAAUGCCUGUGUGUGCUCUGCUGCUCAGUCUCAGUUCUCAGAAGCUGAGCUGCUCCUCACUCAAGCCACAGAAAGAGUUCUACAGAUGACAGGAGAUGCUCCUGUUGCCUCAGACCCUGGUGUAUUUUGGAAAACAGUUCUCAAAUCAGUGGAAAACACAGCUUUGAAUUCCUCUCUACAGCACCUUCUUUGUCUCCAGUGGGCAAUAUGGCUGGCCACCUGUCAGCUGAAAACUAUCCAGGAAUGUCAGGAUGAGCUGUUCUCUCUGUUUGAGACACUAUCUCUUGGAUGUGGGGGUAACGGGAGGAGCGAGGCAAGGGGAAAGUCCUCUGACAUUCCACUGCUUUUGACGGACCCAAGACGGCUUAUUGAGUUAUUGCAGAUCUGUACUUACAUUGCUCAAGGUGCAGAAAGGUUGAGUGAGGGUCGUAUUUCAGAAGCGCUGUCUGGUCUGCAGACAGCUUCCUCCCUGCCUGCUCCCAGAACUCUAGUCGCAUACACACACCUCCUCUCAGGCUGUUGCCUCGCCCAUAUGAGCUGCCCUCAGAUGUCAUUGCAGUGUUACAGGAAGGCACUGGAGACAGACUUGCAGUGUGUAUGUGCUCUGUACCAGAGCAUGCUCAUCUACAGACAGCUUGGCAACACACAAGCUGAGAUACAAGCUCUUCGUUUGCUGCACUCAACUUUGAUGUUGCCCUCUGCCACAGAUCCUGCUCUGGCUAGUACUCAUCUCCUCUCCCCGUCCUUACUGCUCUGUGGCCAAUCACUAAACAGUCUGCUCUCAGUUCCUUCUGCCCUCUGUGUCCUUCACAAUCUGGCUCUGAAGUGUGUGCAACAUGGGAGGGUGUCAGAGGGUGUAGAAUAUUAUUUGGACCUGCUGGCUGCUCUUCACGCAGAAGAUCAACAUGGAGUCCACGCUGAGGUCCAUUCCCUUCCCAGGUUGCCCGAUCUUUACCUGGAGGCUGGCGCUGCCUUGCUCAUGGCCCAACGGCCCGCUGAUUGCAUUGCGCUGUGCGAUGAAGUCAUCAGCACAACACUGGAGCUGCUGCCAGAAAAGUUGCUGUUGGAAGAGCCAGAGGAGAAGUGUGAGGGUGCAGAGGGUGAAGGCAGGGUGGGGAUGCUGCUUUGGACCGGGGCUGCCUACCUCCUUCAGGGUCACUGCCACACUCACCUGAAGGACUGGAAACAAGCUGUGACCCACUACACAAGGUGCAUCAACCUGCUGGUGAAAGUACGGUUUAAAAAGAGAGGUUUCCAACCACAGAUCCCCAGUGCAGAUAUGGUUGGCAAACCGGGAACAGAUCUGUGCAUCCUCCAGAGGCUGAAGGGGCUUUCACUUGCUGGUAGGGGCAUCAGCUUCACUCAGACAGGUCAACUAAAAGAGGCCCUGAGAGACCUCCAACUCAGCCUGCACGCAUUCCCAGACUGUGUGGGUGCAGGGCUGUGGUGUGGUGAAGUGCUGUGGAGGCUUGGCAGGAGGCAGGAGGCAGUAGCUUGUUGGAAAAAGACCUGGAGCUUCAACACACAAUCCUCAUCAGAGAGUUUUUCUGUGUACCUACAGGAACCCCAAUCUGGCCCUUUGUUGGACUCCACGGAGCUGCGCCACAGAAUACAGGAACUUGGUCCUACCUUGUCAGCCUAGAGAGAGAAAGAAUACCCUAUCACUUACUGAACUGGAUCAACUUUCUCUGGCCUGCAAACUGAAACCCAUACCCACAACAAACAUGUAUCUACUUGGACUGUAAAAUACACCGUUUUUACACUGUUUGAGACUGAGAAUGAACAGUGUGGGUGGUAAACCUGACAGGUGGUUUAUGCAUGAAGAGAAAUUAAGAUUACUAGACAUGCUACGAAGUUGCCUGAUCAUUGGAAAUAAAAUGUGUAUUUUGGCCAGGCAAGAGUAAUCAAGACAGUGACUUUAAUAAUUGAUUAUGCUUGUCAAGAUAAAGCAUAAUACAUACUACUUAAGGAGAUACACACCUGCUCAAAAAUGCUUAUAUUAUACCGAUGUUUGUAUGGAUUGCUCCUAUGAAUAAAACAAA